AUGUAUCUGUUCAGAAAUGUUCAAAACUGUGUUUGUACUUUCCAUACAGAACCAAAUAAAGAAAAGGAAGCAGGAACUGGGCCAGCAAAAGAAGAAGAGGAAGCCUCCCCGCCUAGCGCACUACCUCCAGGUUUGGGUAGUCGGGCCUUGGAAAGAAAAGAUUCAGAAUGGUCUCUUGGUGAGUCACCUGCUGGAGGAGAAGAGCAGGACAAGCAGAAUGCCAACUCUCAACUGUCCACCCUGUUUGUUGAGAAACCUCAGACAGGAUCAGUGAAAGUUGGAGGAAACAUCACCUUUAUAGCCAAAGUCAAGGCUGAAGAUCUUCUUAGAAAACCCACCAUCAAAUGGUUCAAAGGGAAAUGGAUGGAUCUGGCCAGCAAAGCUGGAAAGCAUCUCCAGUUGAAGGAAACCUUCGAGAGGCAAACUCGGGUAUACACAUUCGAGAUGCAGAUCAUCAAGGCCAAAGAGAACUACGCAGGAAAUUACAGAUGCGAGGUCACCUACAAGGAUAAGUUUGAUAGCUGUUCAUUUGAUCUUGAAGUGCAUGAAUCUACGGGGACGACUCCAAACAUUGACAUCAGAUCUGCCUUCAAGAGAAGUGGAGAAGGUCAAGAGGAUGCAGGAGAACUUGACUUUAGUGGUCUCCUGAAACGUAGGGAGGUGAAGCAACAAGAAGAGGAGCCUGAGAUUGAUGUGUGGGAGCUGCUGAAGAAUGCGAACCCCAAUGAAUAUGAGAAGAUUGCUUUCCAGUAUGGUAUCACAGACCUGCGGGGCAUGCUCAAGAGGCUCAAGCGGAUGCGCAGGGUGGAAAAGAAGAGCGCAGCUUUUGCAAAAAUUCUUGAUCCUGCAUAUCAGAUUGAUAAAGGAGGCAAAGUAAGGUUUGUAGUGGAGCUGGCAGACCCGAAGCUGGAGGUGAAGUGGUUCAAAAAUGGCCAAGAAAUUCGGCCUAGUACAAAAUACAUCUUUGAGCAUAAAGGAAAUGAAAGAAUCAUGUUUAUCAAUAACUGUGCUCUGACAGAUGACUCAGAAUACUAUGUGACAGCUGGUGAUGAGAAAUGUUCUACAGAGCUCUUCGUACGAGAACCUCCAAUUAUGGUGACCAAACAGCUGGAAGACUUGAAUGCUUACUGUGGGGAAAAAGUGGAACUAGAAUGUGAGGUGUCUGAAGAUGAUGCCAAUGUAAAAUGGUUUAAGAAUGGUGAAGAGAUCUUCCCCGGUCCAAAAUCAAGAUACAAAAUUAAAGUUGAGGGCAAAAAACAUAUUUUGAUCAUAGAAGGAGCAACAAAGGCUGACAGUGCAGAAUAUUCUGUGAUGACCACAGGAGGACAAUCAUCUGCUAAACUUAGUGUUGACUUGAGACCGCUAAAGAUUACAACACCGCUGACCGAUCAAACUGUAAAGCUUGGGAAAGAAAUAUGCCUGAAGUGUGAAAUCUCUGAAAACGUACCAGGAAAAUGGACUAAAAAUGGCCUCCCUGUUCAGGAGGGUGAUCGCUUAAAGGUCGUCCACAAAGGAAGAAUCCAUAAAUUAGUCAUAGCCAAUGCACUCAUUGAAGAUGAAGGUGAAUAUGUUUUUACCCCAGAUGCCUACAAUGUUCCUUUAUCUGCCAAAGUUCAUGUCAUUGAUCCUCCUAAGAUCAUUCUCGAUGGCCUUGAUGCUGACAAUACCGUGACAGUGAUUGCAGGAAACAAGCUCCGCCUUGAGAUCCCUGUCACUGGAGAACCACCCCCCAAAGCCAUUUGGAGCCGAGCAGAUAAGGCUAUCAUGGAGGGCAGUGGCCGGAUACGGGCAGAAUCUUAUCCUGACAGCAGCACUUUGGUCAUUGACGUGGCUGAGAGAGAUGACUCUGGUGUUUACAACAUAAAUCUGAAAAAUGAAGCUGGAGAAGCACAUGCAAGCAUCAAGAUUAAAGUCGUAGACAUCCCAGACCCUCCAGUGGCGCCCAAUGUGUCAGAUGUGGGGGAUGACUGGUGCAUUAUGAACUGGGAGCCCCCUGCCUACGAUGGAGGGUCUCCAAUCUUAGGGUACUUUAUUGAGAGGAAAAAGAAACAAAGCUCCAGGUGGAUGAGACUCAACUUUGAUCUCUGCAAAGAAACAACUUUCGAGCCCAAGAAAAUGAUUGAAGGAGUGGCCUAUGAGGUCCGCAUCUUUGCCGUCAACGCCAUUGGCAUCUCCAAGCCCAGCAUGCCCUCCAAACCGUUUGUUCCUCUGGCUGUAACCAGCCCUCCGACUCUUCUGGCUGUCGACUCUGUUACCGACUCAUCUGUGACAAUGAAAUGGAGGCCCCCAGACCAGAUUGGAGCAGCAGGUUUAGAUGGCUAUGUGCUAGAGUAUUGCUUUGAAGGAAGUACAGCAGCAAAGCAGUCUGGUGAAAAUGUGGAGGCUGCAUAUGAGCUACCAGCUGAGGAUUGGAUAGUUGCAAACACAGAUCUGAUUGACAAGACAAAGUUCACCAUCAAUGGUCUGCCCACGGAUGCGAAGAUCUUCGUGCGUGUGAAGGCUAUUAAUGCAGCGGGGGCUAGUGAGCCCAAGUAUUAUUCCCAGCCCAUCCUUGUGAAGGAAAUCAUAGAGCCUCCGAAGAUUCGCAUCCCAAGGCACCUAAAGCAAACCUAUAUCCGCAGAGUUGGAGAAGCGGUGAAUCUGGUUAUACCUUUCCAGGGUAAACCCAGACCAGAAUUAACUUGGAAAAAGGAUGGUGAAGAGAUUGAUAAGAAUCAAAUAAACAUUCGCAAUUCUGAGACUGACACAAUCAUAUUUAUCAGAAAAGCAGAGAGGAGUCACUCUGGGAAAUACGAUCUGCAGGUCAAAGUGGACAAAUAUGUGGAAAACGCAUCCAUCGACAUCCAGAUUGUGGACCGCCCAGGCCCACCCCAGGCUGUGACUAUUGAAGAUGUCUGGGGAGAGAAUGUUGCUCUGACAUGGACACCACCAAAGGAUGAUGGGAAUGCCGCCAUCACUGGGUACACGAUCCAGAAGGCUGACAAGAAGAGCAUGGAAUGGUUUACUGUCAUUGAGCAUUAUCACAGAACCAAUGCCACCAUUACUGAGCUCGUCAUAGGGAAUGAAUAUUACUUCCGGGUCUUUGCAGAAAAUAUGUGUGGCCUCAGUGAGGAUGCGACAAUGACUAAAGAGAGUGCGGUGAUCGCCAAGGAUGGUAAAAUCUACAAAAAUCCAGUGUAUGACGACUUCGAUUUCACAGAGGCACCCAUGUUUACUCAGCCUUUGGUGAACACCUAUGCGAUAGCUGGUUAUAAUGCCACCCUGAACUGCAGUGUGAGAGGAAACCCAAAGCCUAAAAUAACCUGGAUGAAAAACAAAGUGGCUAUUGUGGAUGACCCGAGGUACAGAAUGUUCAGCAACCAGGGAGUCUGUACUCUGGAGAUUCGCAAGCCGAGCCCCUAUGACGGAGGAACUUACUGCUGCAAAGCCGUUAAUGACCUUGGCACGGUGGAGAUUGAAUGCAAACUGGAAGUGAAAGGUGGGCUGUCCUUCUGCAGGCUCCUCUUGCAAGGUGUACCUCCAAACAUAAUUGAUUCAUAUCUGCGAGACUUACAAUCGAGCAAUCCUGAGGAAUACUGAGAGCUAGGCUCUGCCUCUCAAAACUCUGCUGCUUUGCAAUCUGGUUGAAAACAAGAAAGUUGUUUUCUAGUUUCCAACCAGACACUGUGUGGUCAUUUUCUUUCUUCCUAAUGUUAAAGAGAAAAAAGAAUAAUCAUGUUUGCACAGAUUGCCUAAAUAAAAAAUUGCCAACAAAUCUCA